UAAAAAUACCGUAUCAAUUAAUAUCAAUCAUACGCCUAUCAAAUGAAAAAAUAUGUUAUUGCUUUAAUAUUGCUUUUAUGUAGAUAUUUCUCUAAAACUAGAGCAGAUGAUCAAGUUAAAAGUGUUUAUCAAGAAAAAUCAGUUGUUUCUUUUUGUCCUUAUACAGAUCCAGAGACAUAUAUUUUACAAAUAAAAUCACUUAAAAUAAUACCAGAUCCUCCACAAAGAGGUAGUCAAUUUAUAGUAGAAGGACAGGGUAUUCUUACUGAAGACGUUUUAUUGGGAAGUUAUGUUUUUCUAAGUGUAACUUAUAGAAUUAUACCUAUUUUAAAUAUACGAAUAGAUCUUUGUGAACAAACAGAAAAAGUAGGCUUUCCAUGUCCAAUUUCUAAGGGAGAAUACCAGGCAUCUAGAGAAUUUUAUAUUCCAAAUGGCAUUUUCCCAGGCAGAUAUAUUAUUAAAGCAGAUGCAUUUUCAAAAAAUGAUAAGAGAAUUGCAUGUUUUAUUGUUGAUAUCACAUUUUUUCCAAAGUUUUUAAGCAAUUAAUUAUUAUUUCAAUAACGAUUAAAAUUAGCUAAUCUACAUUCUA